CUGGGAGUCACUCCGAAACGAACAAACGCAUUCGCCUUGUGCUGUACAUCGGGAGAUCAGCAAUAGAGAUGACUGGAGCCGCCGUGUCCGUGUGUCUACUUUACACCCUGUCUGUCUGUUCAGCCUGCUACAUCUCCAACUGUCCCAUCGGGGGCAAGAGGUCCAUAAUGGACGCUCCACAGCGCAAGUGCAUGACAUGUGGACCAGGGGACCAGGGCCGCUGCUUUGGCCCCAGUAUCUGCUGUGGGGAAGGGCUGGGCUGCUGGAUGGGCUCCCCAGAGACGGCACGCUGCAUGGAGGAGAACUACCUGCCCACCCCCUGCCAGGCAGGAGGGAGACCCUGUGGAUCUGAUACAGGACGCUGCGCUGCACCGGGAGUCUGCUGUGACUCAGAGGGCUGCAGUGUGGACCAAUCUUGUCUGGCCGAGGAGGAAGGCAACAAUCAAAUCAGCCAAUCAGAGGGCAACGACUCUGGUGACGUCAUCCUCAGGCUCCUGCACUUGGCUGGCCACACCCCUCCUCAUCGAGUCCACCAAUGAGCUGCAAGUGACACCAGGGUUCCAAUCACUUGAGAGAUAGGUUGAUAGGAUUUGUAGUUCAAAGUUACCUAGUUGUAGUUCAUUGUACAACCCACCUAUUUCACCCACCCAUUUACUGGCCUCCUUCUUCAGUAUAUUGGCAACCUCAGUGGAUGGGACCUAGCUAAGAAUUUAACAUUUAAUGUAUUAUCAAACACUGGAGUUAAAUUCUUAGUUAGGACCCUGAGCACUCCUCUGUAGAUUGCCUUUAUAUUGCAUACUUAAAUAUUGUAGCUAUGUACUGUAUGUAUAGAAAUAGCUGUAAUAAUUAUUACACGUGUAAAGAGUUCAAAUGUGUAUGUUAAUAAAGCUUGUGAUAGUA